AUGUCUAGACAAUCGAAGCCUUCAGAGAAUACAAAUCUGUCGUCGUUUGCACUAUAUGGCGAGGAAUACGAUGCUGCAACACCGUUAAUCGCAUCGCUCGUAUGGAGCUUGACGAAUGAGCCACCCGUACAAGUAGUCAAACAACUAAAAACAUUAAACAAUCAAAUCCGGGCUAAAAACAUACAGCAUAAAAGACGACGAGAUGAAGGUAUAAUUGAUGUCGAUUUUGUUUCUUCCUUUGGGAGUCAGAUGGAAGAUGCCUCCCUUGCCUUCUUCGAAUCUGGGGACGACAAAAAGUUCCUGCAUACGCAGGAAUCUCUGCGGAAAGCCAUUUCCAAGUCCAAUUGGCCAACAGACUGGAAUGUCACAUGGGAUCAGUUUCUUGAGUACCAUGAGACCUUCACAGGAGAGGUGCCGGGCCAAAAUGAAACGAUAUCACACAGCGCGCCCACCGAGCGCUCUAGCCUCGCGGUUGACCUACCAUCUGUCGAUGCUUUUGAGUCAGGCGACAUAGCACAUUCAACACGAGCUAUGCUUGGUGAUGCUACUACAGAACAUGGCCAUGAUAAUGGUGUCAACAACCACAUAAAAGAAGCAAAUGAAGACCCAAUCCUGGAAAAUGAUGAAAAUGAUGGUGACAGUGAUGAAGUGUCGGACUACGAUAAUGAGUAUGAUGAUGAUAUAUCAAAUUGGCAGGUAUGCAAGGCCCUAGAUGAUACACAGCACGAAGCAGAAAAGGAAUAUGGCAUACCAUUCAACCGGGGGGCAGUCCUAGGGUGGCGAGCAAGUGGCAAGUUCGGCUAUUCAAUACUUGUGGGUCAUCAACACAAUGGUAGGAAAGUCGCACGUGUGAUAGUGUCCAAUGAUCUUCCAAUGCACCUCGAUGACGAUACAAAUAUCGACAUGUAUACACGAGCUGAACAGGCCUUCGAUGAAAAUGUCGACUAUUCUUCUAUUGUUGUUGAGGGCACGGGUCUCAUUGCGUGGCGCGUGGGGGACGAAGAUCAACUUGAUCCAACUGCAGCCCUCCACCCAAGUAAAAACCCCCAAUAUCCAGAGACAUAUAUAUGGGUAUUGUGGCACGAUGGAAUCUGGACCUGGGAAUCACGUGAGGGGCUACGCUCAAUAAUGGACCAUUUGACAGAGUUCCAGGUCGAUCUGCUGAUAUAUCGGCUUGCAGUCGCACAGGAUGGGGCAUACAGGGAGUCUUUAACUGGUAAAAGGCCAGAAUACCCCGCGGUAAACCCUAAAGCUCUAGAGGCAUGGAGAAACGCUGCACAGACACCGAAGUGUAACCGAGUGGUGGCUUUCUCUGUUAACGACAUAGGGCGAGAUAUAAAGAGCCUGUCUCCUAUUGAAGAGGCAGGUGAAGAACACUGCUCAUCCAGCAUUGAUACACAUGGCAUAACCAAACGAUACAGAAAGAACGGCCUCAGAGAUAAAAGGCUAGACUCUCUGCAGAAGCGAGAGGGCUCCCACUGGACUAGGUCCAGUCAGUGUUCGGAGUUGCCCAUUUCCUAUAAUAUACCACGAAUAGCACAUCGACCAUCGGAGCCGGAACAAUUACGUUCUUCCAGGUUAACAAACGAGAAAAGCAAAGAUCAAUUGAAACGAGGUUCAAGUCUGCGACAACAACAUAUCCGGUCACGAGGCCAGGCAGAUUCUACCCGAUCAUCACCCACCCGAAACUUGGCAUUUUGA